CUCAUGAAUAUACAAAAAGAAGUCACAUAAUUAUUUCGGCACUCAGUGUUGCUCAAUUGUUAGCAGAAUAUUUCUUAGAUUAGAUCGCCUAAUUUAUUACGAAGUAGAUACUCUAUUAUUUAAUUAGACCUCGAAACAGCUUAAUUAAAGAUGGCCGCUGUGAAGCCAGAAAUAUGGGAGAAGGCUAAUGAGUUGGUGGAAAGUGCGUGCAAGCAGGACAACAACGUGCGUCUCAAAGUGGGUCCCCAGUUGAUAUUGUUUCUGGAUGGGAAAGGGAAGUUGGAUGGCAGACAGUCUGAUCAGCUGAUCGAUGCGAUGAAUGACUGGAUUCAAAGCUCAAACUUCAAGAUCAGUCUGAUGGCGAUUGACGUAUUCAACGUAUUGGUGUUCAAACUUGCCUCGAUAGACCGGAAUUUGCCCGCAAUUCUACAAGCUUUACUGGAGACUUUAAAAACGAGCAACGACCAGGUGCGGGAACAAGUACAAAAUUUGCUGGGUGCUAUCACGGAUAAAUGUACUCCAACGGCGGUUGCGGACAAAAUAGUGGUCAAUGGACUCACACACAAAGCGUGGAGGGUGCGAGAGGAAACAUUAGUUUGGAUCAUAAACACCCUUGAACAUCAUGGGAAGGAGGGGCUGCAAGUGAGCAAAUUCAUAUCUCAAGUGUGCCACUUGGUUGUGGACGCCAACGUCGAUGUGAGAGACCGAGCAGUGCAUCUGCUGGUUGAAGUGUACAAACACGUGGGAGACAGACUGCGGAUGGAUCUGGAGAAGAAGAAUCUGCUGCCAGAUGCCUCCAAGCGAAAGGUCAUCUUCCAGAAGUUCGAGGAGGCCAAACAGAAUGACCUCAUGAAGGUCGCAGCCAGUCCCACCACUCCUCAUGAUCCAGCUGCUGAAUUGAACGGCGAGGAUGGUUUCUCUGUCAUCUCCUUUCCGAGAUCCCCAAGCACCCCCCGCAAUGCGGCCACAAUCGCCGGCCUCACCCGUCCCUCUCGUAAUUUAUCCCCAGGUGGCUCCGAAAGCCUCCCAGGGUCGAUAGCGCUCUCUAAGUCACCGUCGGCUGAGUCACCGCCGAUUCCGGGGACUCUGGUCUUGGGGUCGCCCUCUCCGAGUUCAGACCAGGGUAGAGUCACUAGCAAGCCCCCUCCUUCUAGGUCAUCAGCAUUAGCUCGAGUGAACGGGGCUGUUAAAAGUGCUACUUCAUCUAAGCCUGCAGGAGGGGGCGCAGCGAGCAGGUCAAACUCAGUGUCAUCUGCCAAAAAUCUGGCCACUCGCAAACAGUCCGCCGGAGCCAUGCCAGCUAGCUCGAGCAAUACUGGCGCGGUCACCGCAAACGACUUUCAAAAGAUGUUCGAUGACAUCAAACCAGCAAGUGUCUACUCUGCCCGGUCCCUGGACGAAGAUUUGACGAAGGUGAAGGAAGUUCUGGAGAACAUGGACAACGACUGGAGUGUGAGAGUGAAGGAGCUAAAGAGACUGUGUGCCAUCAUGAAAGCCAAUGUAUUCGCUACUUACCCCAGUGAAGUGAACAACCACCUGAAGGAGAUCACACGAGUGCUGAGCAUGUCAGUCAAAGACCUCAGGAGUCAGGUUGCGCGUGAGGCGUGCAUAUCAGUGGCAUUCAUGUGUCUACUCAUGGGUGUGGCUGCCACUCCCCUGGCAGAGGGAUGUCUCGCCAGUCUCUUCUCAAUUGUGCCCAACUCGGCCAAGAUCAUCGCGAGUAGUGGCUGCACUGCCCUCAUGUACAUCACCCAACAUGUACACUCCAACAAACUCAUCCCCAUCCUCAUCUCCUUCCAGGCCCAGAAGUCCAUACCCUGCAGACUCCAGCUCAGCCGAAUGUUGGAGGAUAUCCUUCGCAACUGGGAUGCAUCGGUGCUCGACAAGUACUUCACGAAUGUCGAAGACUGCCUCGUUAAACUGCUCUCGGACGCUGACGAGAAGACACGAGUGUUGGCCCGAAAGGGAUUCUUCGCGCUCAAGGACAGAUUUCCCAGCAGGGCUGACAUCCUCAUGGCGACCCUGGAUCCAAGAGUGCAGAGAAAACUGUCUGGCGAAGCAAGUUACGGGUCCAGUGUAAACUCUCUGGCUGCUGCCAAGUCUCAGAGUUCUUUGGGGUCGCAAGAAAGCUUGGGAGGGAGAAGCGUAAGCAGUCUGUCUACAAGAAUGGGUGUAAAAAACACUACCAAUGGCGCUUUUAAAAAGAGUCAUAGCACGCAGAAUUUAGCCUCUAAGGGGGCUGCCCUUAGCCUGUCCCCACCCCAGCCUCAAACGCAAACCACUCUCACUCAUAAAAGCGGUCUUCCCACUUCGGGAAAAGCCUACUCGACCAUUCGGUUAAAUUCGUCUUCUCCUGGAAAAGAUGCUGCUAAUUUUACCGGUGCACCAAUUACACCGAUUUCGACCACGCCUAACGAGAAAUACAGAAGAAAGAGCUCGCCUAGAAUUGGGGUAUCGUCUUUAAGUUGCAAUGUCAGAAGUGUUCACAGCUCAAGCGUACAUAAUUUAACGCCUGAAGGUUCUGGAAGAGUUUUGUCAAUUAAAAGCGAAGGUUCAACGAGCACUGGUCGAAAUAGAAAGAGUACUGCGUCACUUGGCAAUGAACUUGAGUUGGAAAACGAAGGAGAUGCCAACUCCUCGACGUUCCUGGAUACCUCGUCUUCAGAGAGUGGUUUUGCGGAGGAUUCGGGGGGGCUCAUGAGUGUGAAUGACGAGAGAGUCAAAAGAACUCUUGGUCCAGGAGACAGAACUGCAAGAACGAAUCGGAUGGCACAAUCGCAACCGGCCAGUAGAUCAGGUAGUCGAGGCACGUCCCCCCAGACCGCCAGAUUGAACAUUCUCACCAGUCCGACAGUGGUGGGAUCAGGUCAUCAACAGCCUCUUACGGACACUACUAACUCAAUGUACACCCCCUUGUCUCAGAGGUCGUCACAGCAGUCCAGAAUCGGGGGUCCCAGUCCAACAUCCGGGGUGGGUGCAUCCCAAAACAGACGCACUGGCAUCCCGAGAAGUCUGAAUGCUUCCAGAGAGCACAGUCCCUCUAGUGGAUACGGAACUAGAUCGGUCACCGGAAACAGAUCAUCUUUGGGGUCAUCAGCCAACAGUCACCACGCGCAACGCUCCCUCCACAUGACCCCUCACAGCGCCAGUAGGUUCCAGAAGAUCCAACACGAGCGCCAGAACCCCCAAGGCGCCAAUUCGAUGCGAAUGCUCUCAGACACACCUGAGGCGCGCAAAGCAAUCGAACAUGCACUUCUGACUAAUAACAGUCCAGGGUCCCACAGGGGAGGGGGAGGCAGGAGUCCCUACUCAGUGAGUGGGGGACGAGUGAGACAUGAGAGUUUUGGAAAUGCGUUGAGUGACGAUGACAGUGACAGAUGUAGUCUGCAGUCAUACGACUCCAGAUUCGAAGGAAGCUUCGAGAAUAUGGGCGAAGUGUUAGACAAAUGUGCUGCCCAGAAUUGGUCUGACAGGAAGGAGGGACUGCUGGCACUGCAACAGGCACUCCGCUCCAGACAGUGUCAGCUGAACAGAGCCGAGAUCAAGAAGGCGUGUGAUGUCUUCACCAGAAUGUUCGGAGAUCCACACGUUAAGGUGCUAUCGCUGUUGCUGGAGGUUCUGGCAGACUUCGUGUUGACUUACUUCGAGGCACUGAACGAUUGGCUGAGUGUGCUGCUUCCGAAGUUGCUGCAGAAAACAGGCGCUGAGAACCUGUUGAACUCUGGUCUUAUGAAGGUCAACAGGUGUCUGGAGAUUGUGAGGAGCAACUUCUCUCUUGACCUGCAGUUUCUCAUUCUCAUGAAGUACAUUGCAGAUCAAACACAAACCAAGUCACUCAAGGUCAAAUUAGCCCUGCUGAAGUAUUUGUUGUCGGUGAUUGAUGAACUGACCCCGCAUGAGUUCGUCAAUUCGGCGGACACAAGACAAGCCCUGCAACUGGUGCUUACGUGGUCAACUGACAAAAACAACGAAAUAAGGAGGAAUGCAGUGGCUGUGGUGACCUCUCUCUUUGACCUGAACACAUCCGAGUUCAAUGCCCUGCAGAAUGCACUACCCAAGAAGGAACUGCAGCACCUAGCCAACAACAUCCUCCACCAAUACGUCAACAACUUCGACAACAACAACCACAACUCCUCCUUCAGCGGAACAGCAGCUGGAGGCGCCAACUCUAGCUUCUCCUCCUCAACUAACUUGGGUCCAGCCAUUCAGCAGAACACCCUCUCCCCUCACUUGCUGACCUACUCGCCCACGUCUGCUGGCAACUACUCGGCUGACUCGUCCUAUUCGACUCAUUCGAACAACUACCGAUCUCUGCCUCGAAAUUACAAGGUGCUCCGAUCUCCGCUUUCGCAACAGCAACCUCCGAACAGUUUGAACCUCUCCUCGGCAUCUUCUGUGCAACGCAGGGGAGUAUUAGGCUCCACUGGGGGUUCUAACAGCAACAUAAACUCUCCCAGUCUGCUGAACAGAACAGGUCCAGCUGCAUUCACCCAACCACGAGAGAGAAAGUCAUCAACUAGCAGCAAUAAGAGCGCAUCUGGAAUAGUUGGAGGCAGUAGUGGUAGUGGUUUCAACGUGGCCUCGGCGGGGGGACUGUCUUCUGCCCGCAGACCACCUUCCACUGCAGGGGGAGUGGGGGGAGCAGGGGACGACGAGGGACUAUCUUACCAAUUUCACCACCAGCAACAGCAAGGAGUCUCGCCCCUGACACCCAACAGCCAACAGGCCUUGUUGCACAAGACCACCGCGGACAUACACAAGUACUUCGGCGAUUCAGGUCGUUCUGCCGAGGGCUACGACAGCGGUAUCCCUAGUAUGCCCAAUUCGAACGUUGACCUUCACGGAGAUUUAGGAAGCAACAACCGCAUCUACGACCCCAACCAUUACGCAGACAAGAGUGGAAUCCUCGAGAGUCCGGACUUCAUAGCGAAGCGCACCUUCGACCUCGAGGACGACGUGGACGAGUACCUGUGUGACAACAACAACACAAGCGAAGUGGUAGAAGGAGAUGGAGACAUAGGGAAGACGACAUCAGUGACUUCUAAGAUAGACAUGCAACAACAGCAGGAGGAUGAAAAGCUCGUUGAGGCCAUUCUUCAGGAACUAAGUCAUCACAACUCGCGUAUAGAGCAGCGCAAAAGUGCUCUCAUCUCUCUCACCAAACUAAUCAAAGAGGGCAACUCAGUGGUGUGGGAGGAGCACUUCAAAAUGUGCCUGAUGAUGUUGUUUGAGACUAUGAGCGACAAGGAACCCUCGAUUAGAGCACUGGUGCUGAGAGUGCUGAAAGAGUUCCUCAAGUACCAGCAGCAUAGGUUCCAGAAGUACUCCGAGAUCACUAUUCUAAAGACACUAGAUGCACACAAGGACUCACACAAAGACGUGGUUCGAGCUUCGGAGGAGCUGACGUACAGUGUUGUGAAUGCGAUAGAACACACUAGGUGUCUUCAGGUGCUCUGUCCUGUCGUGUCCGCCGGCGACUUCCCCAUCAAUCAGACAGCCGUCAAAAUGCUCACUAAGAUCAUAGAGGACUCCCCUCCCGAGGAAGUUGAGACGUUUGUGGAGCAGGUGUGUCCUGCUCUGAUGAAGGCCUACGAGCACCAGGAGAGCAGUGUGCGGAAGGACAGUGUGUAUGGACUAGUGGCUGUCCAUCAGAAGGUCGGACAGGCCAUGCUCGACCAGUACACCAACCAGCUCUCACACGGAAAGCUGAAGUUGCUGCGACUUUACAUCUCAAGGGCAAGUUCUGGAAAUUCGAACUCCGGAGGAGCUGCAUCGUCCAACGCAGGAGCGGCUGCGUCUGCCUCUGGAGACAAAAAGUCAAACCCGUCAUCUUCGAAUCACAACUCGGUCGCCCCAUCUCUCAAUCAACCACAACAGAUUGCGACCGGCUCAAAGACUUGAUCUCAGGUCAAGCUUCGAAAUAUAAAAAAGACUCAACAAGAAAUGUUUUGAACAUUAAGAAGCGAUAUUUUAAAAGAGUGAAAUAAGUAGAUAUAAUAUUAGUUUUGGGUACAAUUUUUCAUAGUUAUGAUGCUUAAUUAUUGCUAUUGUAAUAUGAAUUGAGCAAUUUUUCUACCAAUUCGAUUUUGUGCAACUGUCUUAAUGUGUUUUUUUUUGUGUAUAAUUGUUUGCUUAUACUCAAUUUGUUCAAAAGCUUUGUUCCACUCAGCUGGGUGAUGUAUUUUAUGCCGCGCUUACGAAUUUUACCCAAUUGUAAGCAUUUGAAUGUAGACUUAAAAUGAAUUAAUUAACUGUGUGGUUUGAAUUGACCAAAAUUUCACCUCAACCAGAAGAAAACACCGUACUGCAAAAAAGACGGCUUCUCAAAAAAAAAAACGAAAA